CAGUUUUGUAAAUAUUUUGAACAUUUUAACUGUUUUGAUAAUCUCUACGCAAUUUUUUACUGUUUUGAGUUUUGCCUUUUUCUUAAAUGAGAGACGUGAGACAAAACGUGUGUUCUAUCAAGCCAAGUUCAACGAAGCUGAAAGAUGUCCGAUACUAUUGAUAAAACUGUACGAAGCUCUGCUCAAUCAAAGCCACAGUAUCGCAAGCGACCGUCAAGCCAACGAAGACAAUAUGAUGCCGUAUUUCCGACUAUUAAAUUUACGGAGCCCUUUUAUGGUGACACGACAUGCCCUCAUAGUGCUUUCUGUGGAUUGAAUAGCUCCUCUCAGGCACCUAACGUCGAAAAUAUUCUUAAACCGUCCAUAUGGCAGUCGACGUAUCCUACCCCCGUUGUCGAUGGAGCCUUGGCUGACCCGAAGGUUGAUCAUUGCUUGGAAUUGGCCAGGCGCAAAAAACUGUUCAUUCGAAAUGUUCAAUCGAUUAAACAGUGUUAUCAGAAGAACAAGUCGAAAAUCGAAGAGGAAAUGAAACAAAUCCCAAAGGACAACAUUAAUACGAAGAUGGUCAAGAAAUUCGCAGAAACUCUGGAAACUGAUCCUGAUAAAUACUUCAAUGGGACGUACGAUUGGUAUUUCACGGGGGGCAGUAUGGAUAUUGUUGAUGUAGAUGGUCAGGAAUUCUUAGUUCAUUCGGAAGGCAACGAAUUGCAAAAUCUGAAAAUCUCUAAAUUGACCAGCAACUGCGACAUAAUUCCUACUACUACCUACGACAACAACACUAGAUCAUUAAACAAAGGCAACACGAUCUACGAAAUAAAAUCCGUUGUCAACGAACCCUACUUCACCGUGCGCCAGAAACACCAACUGACCAUAGCGCAUUUACGUUCGGACACCCUGAAACGACAGAAAAUCCAUUCCGAAAUACCGUUGGUGACCAGCGCUGUCGAUGAAGCAAUGAAAUUAAUUUUAGUCGAUGCCCAGCAGCACCUUCAACUAUUUAAUUUGAUUGACGGGAGACCAAUCAGUAAAACUAAAAUUUUUACCGAUCGAAUGACGAUCGACAACUGGAGCAGUGUUCGUUUCAUCGACUCGAAUCAGUUCAUUUGUGCCAGUCGAAAAAUCGUUGAGGUCUAUGAUAUACGACAGUCCCUUGAACCGGUGAUGCAUCAUGAUUUGACCAGUUUCUUGGGAUAUUGUGAGGACCUCACAUGUAUGGAACAAUCGAACAAUGGCUGCAAUACCUUUAUUGCCACCACACACAAGUUGCAUGCUUUCGAUAUCAGACAUGCAAGGAAUGACAUUGAGCCCAAGUUAACGUGGAUCCAUCAGUUGAAAACGUCACCAAUUUUCAUGGACAUCAGCAAGAAUGAGAAUGUGGGCGAAAUGAUUGUGAUUGCCGGUAUUAAGUCGGGCGAUGUGAAACUAUUCGAUACGACGACAGUGUCUGAUGGUGGGACAAUAUCAACGCAUCUACCGUAUUGCCCUGUCAGCAUUCAUGAUGCAUAUAAAUACGCUAGAUCGGUUGGCAAAUUUUUAGAUCCAAAUUCUUUAGUUCAGUAUCAACUGCGACAAUCAAACACCGCAGUCAAACUGAAGCCGAUCAAAUUGAACAAAUUUUCGCUGCUGACCAAAAACACUAGUGGCGACAUUUUCCAGCAAGACAUCGAUCAUGUUAGUGGAAGCAUCAGAUCGGAAAAUCAGGAGCCCAGAAUCAGCAAAAUGGUCAAUUGGGACAAUGAGUUGCGUAGUCGGGGAAAAAGUGAAAAUCGAUUAGGGAUGGCGGUUACCAAUGUCACUAACUUUCAAGCUAUGGCUUCCUAUCUACGUGCCAAUGUGCACACCGACAUCGACAAUUCUAAAGCUGAGUCUGGUACACCACAGAAACAAGACUGGGAAAUGAGCAUAGAAGAGCUGGCUUCGUAUCAAGAUGUACUAGCCAACAGUCUACUCGACAAAUGGGUUAUCGCUCAAGAUGUCGAAAUGGUUGAAGAAUAUGCCGAUGAUCGGAUGGACAGCUGGGUGGAUUCAACGGUGGAACAGUAUCAUAUAUUCCAGGAAGAUGUUUGUGUUAAAGGUGAACCGGAAAUCCGAGAAUAUUGACCGGUUCGACCAGUAGAGUAAAUUCUGUAAAUAAAGGAGGAAGUCGAUGUU